GGGACGCGGGCCCGUCGUUGGCGGGUCGGGAGCGAGGCUCGGCGGCCCGGCCCGCGCCGGCUCGUUGCCAUGGCAGCCGCCGCCGGGGGCGCGGACGACGAGCCGCGCUCGGGCCGCUCGAGCUCCGAGGGCGAGUGCGCGGUGGCGCCCGAGCCCCUGACGGGCGCCGAGGGCCUCUUCUCCUUCGCCGACCUGGGCUCGGCGCUGGACGGCGGCGCGGGCCUGGCGGGCCGGGCGUCCGGCGGGGCCCAGUCCCCGCUGCGCUACCUGCACGUCCUGUGGCAGCAGGACGCCGAGCCCCGCGACGAGCUGCGCGGCAAGGUCCCCGCCGGCCGGCUGCGGCGCGCGCGCGCGCAUCGCCGCGCGGGGCCCACCGGCCGGGAGGCGCACGCUCUGAAGCGCUUGAGGGACUCAGCCAAUGCCAACGACGUGGAAACAGUGCAGCGUCUGCUGGAGGAGGGCGCGGACCCCUGCUCGGCCGACGACAAGGGCCGCACCGCCCUGCACUUCGCCUCCUGCAACGGCAACGACCGCAUCGUGCAGCUGCUCCUGGACCACGGGGCCGACCCCAACCAGCGGGACGGGCUGGGGAACACGCCCCUGCACCUGGCGGCCUGCACCAACCACGUCCCCGUCAUCACCACCCUGCUCCGCGGAGGGGCCCGCGUGGACGCCCUGGACCGAGCCGGCCGCACGCCCCUGCACCUGGCCAAGUCCAAGCUCAACAUCCUGCAGGAGGGCCACGCCCAGUGCCUGGAGGCCGUGCGGCUGGAGGUGAAGCAGAUCAUCCAGAUGCUGCGGGAGUACCUGGCGCGCCUGGGGCGGCACGAGCAGCGGGACCGCCUGGACGACCUGUGCUCCCGCCUGCAGAUGACCAGCACCCGGGAGCAGGUGGAUGAGGUCACCGACCUGCUGGCCAGCUUCACCUCCCUGAGCCUGCAGAUGCAGAGCGUGGACAAGAGGUAGCGGCGAGGACCCCUGCCCGGACGCCGCGGCCCGGGGCUCACCCCCCACUCCGAGCCGC